ACAACACCUCGACGAUCCGUGACGUGGAUGGACGUAGCUGCCGACUCGCCGCGUCCCCCCUCCUUGCGUGAACCGAUCGAUCCGCGGCGAAAUGGAAGAGACGGAAGCGAAGAGCGAGCCUGAGCCCGAUGUCAAAUCCAUCGAGUGCGACGAUGAGGAUGCACCGAUCACGACCACGACGAAGAACGCAUUGAUAACGACCCAGUUGGAUCCUUGCGACGUUUACCCGCAUCGCGUCAAGGUGUCGAUCGUCGGAGUAGGGAAGAUCGGGAUCGCCUGCGCCAUCGCGAUCCUGAUGAGAAGGAUAGCGAGCGAGGUCUGCCUGAUCGACCACGACGCGAACAAGGCUUCCGCCGAGGCCGAGGAUAUUCAACACGUCGGCUUUUUUUUGGGAUGUCCACUGGUAACUGGCACGUCAGAGAUCAGCACGGUGAAGGAAUCGGCGGUGGUGAUAAUUUGCACGCCUGAGACGCAGCCGGGCGAGAAUCAGAACGUGAAGCACAAUUUGAAAGUGUUCAAGAAGAUCAUACCGGCCAUAGCGAGAUUCGCGGCGAAAUCGGUGCUGUUGAUCGUGACGCGGCCCGCGGACGUGAUGUCCUACAUCGCGUGGAAAUUGUCGGGAUUCCCCUCGAACCGCGUGCUCGGCAUCGGCACCCUGAUCGAGUGCGCCAGGCUUCAAGAUUUCGUGAGCAGACGAUUGAACGUGGCGCGAAGCUCGGUCAGUUGUAUGACGAUCGGCGCUCAAGGAGACAUGGCCGGUAUUCCUUUUUUCCCCCUCCCCUCCCCCCUUUUUCGAACGCCCCCUAUCCCUUCUUCUUUCGCAGUUCCUCUUUGGUCGAGCAUCUCCGUGGGCGGAAUGAAACUUCGGGACAUAAAUUCGAGGAUAGGGGAACAGGACGACCCCGAGAAGUGGUACGAGAUCGAGGAGAACGUGAAGAGCGUCGGGAAGGAACUCGAGGAGAAGAAAGGAUCGUGUUGCUGGGGCGUAGCCAUUUCCACGACCGAGAUCGUCGACGCGAUCGUUAGGAACACCAAGGUCGUGCUCCCCGCGUCGACCCACAUUCUCAGUUGCGCCCACGGUACGGACAAGGACGUGUACAUGUCCGUGCCCUGCGUGAUCGGCCGCGAGGGUGUCUACUGCACGGUGCGGCAAAAAUUGACCGAGCAGGAGAAAGCCGCGGUGCAGACGUGCGCCGACAACAUUCGAAACAUUUUGCGGGAGUCCGGCAUCCUUCAGGAGACCAACAACGAGGCGGAGCAGUGAGAGAGAAGGAGAGGAGAGGAGAGGAGAGGAGAGAGGAAGGUGCUACCGGAAAUUGCGCGGCAAUUUUAGAAGGCGUGUUGAUCGAUAACGAGCGUGCGCGACCGGUUCUUCUUCUCUGUAUACUCGAUCGGUGAUAGUAAUAAAUGACAGUAGAGGAAUCGACUUCCUAGAAAACUAAUCGCGCCCCCCUCCAACGAUCGUUCCAGUCGUAUUACGAGCUAUUCGCGGCGUUUGUCGAUGGAUCAUCCGCGCGUCGAUCACGCGAUGCGAUGCAUCCUCGCCAAACGAAGAUCGAGAACGCGUUGCGAACAUGUUUCGGACAGCCUUGCACCUGAUUUAUUACGCCAACGAAGUUGUCGUUUUUUUUUUUUUUUCUUUUUUCUCAUCUCGUCUUCUUCCUUCCUCGUUCGUCCGUCCUUCGUGUUUUUUCUCUUCGCGAUAUUCGGGGAAAACAAGACGAUGUCGUAUGGUAGAAUAACGAGAGAGAAAAGAAGGAAGGAAGGAAGGAAGGAAGGAAGGAAGGUGAUAUCGGGCAAUUUAAUAUUCGUAGCGGAU